AUGGAACAGCGGAAACCCCUGGGUUUGCUGCAGCCAACUAGUGCUGGAGUCCUUGCAAAGGAGUACAGGCUCUGUGUCAUGUUGCCCGGUGGGGUCUUCAGUAGCGUUCUUGCCACGGGCGCGGAGCCGACAGCGGAGCCCUUCAGCAUCGUAGCAGGUCCCAAGGGUUGCGAAGUCUUCGAAUCGGUGGGGGAGAACUACCAGAAACUUCCCACCAAGGUGUCCAUAGCUGCCAGAGAGGUCCUAUCAAAGGUCGCGCAGCUCCAUCAAGAGAGGUGCGAGGUCCUUCUGAAAACCAUGCGGGACACUGGGAACGAUGACAAUCCUGCGAAGAUGUGGAGCCGGAUGCAUGGCAACACCGGUGCUCCCCACAGUAGCCGUGGACGGAAGCCGCCCAACCCACUGAUUACUGCCAGCAAGAUGCAGAUGGAUCCGAAUCUGAACCGGCGCUUUUCUGCGUAA